AUGGAUAAAGAAAUUCUCCCCUCCUCUUCCUCUCCGCCAUCCUCGUCGCUUUCCCUCCCUAAACCGAAGCCCCUCCACUCCGCCGCCGCCGCCGCCGCCGCCGCCGCCUCCACCCAAUUCCCUUCGCCCCGACCUCCGCCGUCACCGCUCCCGCCGCCCUGUCGCCCCGAAAGCCGACGCCUUUUCGCCUCCGAGCCCUUCGACGGCCCUCCCCCGCCGGACGCCGCGGCGGCCGUUGGUUCUCUUACCGACGACUGCUUCGACUUGCUUCGCUUCUCCGUGAGGUGCGGCGACGUCGACCUCGCCAGAGCCGUGCACGCUGUGUUCCUCAGGCUCGAGCUCGAGGAGAAUCCCAGUUUGGGCAAUGCUCUCAUCGUGGCCUACCUCAAGCUUGGCCGCACUUCGGAUGCUUACGGCGUCUUCGGUGGGCUGUCGCGUCCCAACGUGGUUUCUUACACGGCCGUCGUCUCUGGUCUCGCUAAGGCGGACCGAGGACUCGAAGCGGUGGAGGUUUUCUUUAGAUUGAUGGGUUCGGGUAUUCACCCGAAUGAGUAUAGCUUCGUUGCGAUUCUGACCGCUUGUAUACGGCUAACUGAAUUGGAUCUGGGCGUGCAAGUCCAUGCUUUGGUGGCUAAAACGGGUUAUUUAGAAAGCACUUUCGUUUCGAAUGCACUUAUGGCUAUGUACAAUAAAUGCGAGUGUCUGGAUUCUGCUCUUGCAUUGUUUGACGAAAUGCCUAAGAGAGACGUUGCUUCCUGGAAUACUGUAGUUUCUGGAUUGGUGAAGGCCCAAAUGUACGAGAGGGCGUUUGAAUCUUUUCGGCAAAUGGACCAAAUUGAUGGUUUUAGAGUCGAUCAUAUGAUGCUUUCUGUGCUCUUGACUGCCUGUACUGACGCUAGUAGUUUAAUUAGAGGAAAAGAAAUUCAUGCUCAUGCCAUCAGAAUUGGUAUGGAGACUGACUUGAGUGUCAACAAUGCACUUAUUGGAUUUUACAUAAAAUAUGGAACCAUAGACGAUGUGGAGGCCUUGUUUGAGAAGAUGGCCACGAGGGAUGUUAUCACUUGGACAGAGAUGAUCAGAGCAUAUGCAGAGUUUGGGUUGAUUGAUCUGGCUAUGGAGAUUUUUCAUAUAAUGCCAGAGAAGAAUUGUGUUUCUCACAAUGCCCUUUUGGCAGGACUUUGUGAAAAUGGCAAAGCUUUUGAAGUGAUAGAUUUAUUUAUUAGUAUGGUGGAGGAGGGCUUGGAGUUGACUGACUACACCUUAACUACUGUUGCUAAGGCCUGUGGGUUGCUUGGGGAAGGGAAACUUAGUGAGCAGUUGCAAGGGUUUAUUAUCAAGUUUGGUCUCCUGGCCAAUGCUUGUGUGGAAGCAGCUUUGCUUGAUAUGUGCACUCAUUGUGGGAGGAUGGUGGCUGCUGGAAAAAUGUUCAAACGAUGGCCUUUUGAGUGGGAUAGCUCUAUUAUUUGUACUUCUAUGAUAUGUGGGUAUGCACGUAAUGGGCUGCCAGAUGAGGCAAUAUCGCUAUUUUGCCGUUGUAAAGCAGAAGGAGCAUAA